AUGUAUCCCCAAUCUAUGUCCUUUUCACGUGGGCCUAGCUGGGACGACGACGGGCUCAGUGACCCCCCAUCCACUCGCUCUUCCAACGAUCCCCUAGAGCACAUUGCCCAUGCUCGCUCUAGAUCUACUGCCCAGGCCAAUUCCCAUAGUCCCAAACGUCUGUCUGUCUUUACCGGCCGCUCUAGAAGCAAUACCACCACUUCUACUUCGUCACGUCGUUCACCCGGUUCCUCAAUGACCUCUUCCAUGGACAGUCCUGCUUCGUCGCAAGACGAACGUACCACUUCUUCGUUGGGUCUUCGCUCGGAUAAAUCAGAUCGAUCCUCGCGUUCAUUCCUUGCCAGAGGGAGCCGCAUUCUUCGUCGUCAAGGAAGCAAGAUCAAUAUCGUCGCCACGCUGGACGAGGAGGAUGAGAUUGAUCGUGACAGACAGGAGAAACCUCGUGCCGAGAAAUCCGAUAUGUUUGGCCGCCGAUCUCGCAAUGAGCAACAUGGCCGAUUAAAGAGCCUCAUCUCCGAUCCAUUCGACUUUCAUCAUCUUACUCAUACCAGCCCGGCUCAAUUCCAAUCUUUAGAUCAAACCCGAGAGAAUGAUCUCGUCACCGAGUUCUCUGUCAUUCGUGCUUCCCAGCGUCCUGAGACCGGUCUCAAGGGCAUUCGUGCCAACGACAUUCACUUCAACAACUUCUCAGCCAAUGAUUUGACCACCUAUGGAACAGCUACUACAGUUGAUGAACCAACUCUCCAAAGCCCACCAGGCUCGCCUCCGCAAUCGAGUUCCCCCAAAUUCCCCGGCCAUGUUCGACGAGACUCUCGCAUCAAUGAGAAUUUCUCACGUCCCGUGUCUAGAUAUCCUCGAUCCUGUCCUACAACUCCCCCGCCCCCAGCUACAUCCGAGGUGGUUCCCGCUGAAGUCGCAGAGCCCGCUCCAGCUCCCCGUGCUAUUGAUGAGAUUCUGGGAUUGUCGACUUCAAAGACGUACCCUGAGGACAUCGACUCAGCACACUCAUCAUCAUCUGUUUCUCUCCAGUAUGCCCAGGAUGUCUCUGAUGAUUUGUCCGCUCGUACGUCAUCAAUGAGUAGCCACUAUGACUUGGAAGAUGUACCAGAGGAGGUGGAGGCGACUCGCAUGUGGGAUAGCCCUGAGCCUAGCAUUGCUGCUCAUUCUCGCUCAGUCUCCCAAGUGAGUCAACUGCCGGCUGAAACUCACAUGUCCACUAUCAAGGCUCCCAAGGGAUCACUAUCUAUCUUUGUUGCCGAAGAACUGUCAAGACAGUUUUCUGAAGCUUUGGGCUCGCCAACUCUGCCACAGAAUCUUCCAGAAUGUGCACCUGAAACUCCCCCCAAGGACGACCUGCAGUUCACUCCGCCUUCCACCGUCUCCAGCGUGCAGCAGUUCCAUUAUGAGGAUGUGUCAUAUGACUCAUGGGACGCCGAUAUCGAUUACUGCUAUGAGCAUGCGGCUGAGUCGACUUGCAACUUCGAUUGGUCGCGCACUUCUCUCGAAGAGACCCAACAACAUCCUCCAAUCAGCGUAACCUGCACUGAGGAUAAUUGGCAUGGUGCUCCCAAGACCCGGUAUCUCCAGCCAAGCCCAUUGAGCACUACUACCCUCCCGACUCCAGAGCUUGACAACAGCCCAGCGCAGUCAACACCUUUCCACUCGACUGCUACCCCAUCGUCGACCGAAUUUGAGCGGGACUUCAUUGUUCGGAACACGGGAGAUUACUUUCAACCUGUCAGUUCUUCGAUCUUGCCAUCCGGAUUGAGCAAGCAAAUCCCCCAAGAAACACUCUAUGAGGAUUACCUCGCCGCUGAUGCAGAAUCAGAUCGGCAUUUCCCCUUCUGUUCACAAGGGAUGAUUUCAUCUUCGGAGAACAACAACCCCGUCUCUCCCCGGAGCAGCUUUUCUCCAAUCAGCAAAUGCAACUCUCAAGAGAGCUUGAUGCUCUCCCGCGCAGCUUCUAUCGUCCGCAAGCACCGCUCGUCGGUUUCCACGACUAGCGUCCCCGAGCUGAUUCACAGCCUUUCAAGCAGCCGCGAACUGAUGCCUACCGAUCGUCUCACUGCUGCUGAAGCUUUGGCUGCCGGUUCAAGCAUCAGCCGCCCUGCUUCUUCUACCCAUCAUCGACAGACUAAGAGUUUGGCCGAGGCUCAUAUGCUACUCCAGGCGGGUAGCAGCAGCCCCAGCCUUAUCAAUGAAGAAGAUUUCUCUACCUCUUCUGUCUUGUAUCAUGACCGUGUCAACUCGAUCUCCGAGGAAGAUAUUAGGCUGACCAAGGGCAACGAGGCUCCUCUGCCUCAGGUUCCUCCUAAGAACCCGAACCGGAGAAAGACUCGCAACCCCUCAUACUCUCUUUUCCCAACAGCUGCUCACUAA